AUGUUCUUAGCAAUUCUUCUUUCCUGCUUGGAGUUUCUACAACCCACAGAAUCCUGCAUUGCCCAUUGCCAGGGUGUUAAAAAAGACAGAGUGCAGAUGUCUUUCAGAUCACGAGAUUGUGGGAGACCUUGUGCUGAAAAUUCCUACUGCUUGCAGUCCUGUGCUUCCGGGUUUGAGGGGAAGAUAAAGUAUCUAUGCAGGAAUAAAGAAUGGUAUAAAUACACAGAUACUUGCACAACUCUUAAUGUCUUCACCAUCUUUGAGGUCAAAAGCACCAGCGUUUUCUCAGUAACAACUCCUAAAAUAAGAUCAUAUGAAACAAUUACAGAUGCUUUGAUGCGACGAUGUCCAGAGGAUUUGUCUUGCGUACUGAAAAGCAUUCAAAAUUCUCCACAAAUACCAGGAAACAUUAAGGUCAUCGUGCAGCUGCUGAAUAAUAUUUCAAGAGUGAUGUCUGAAGAUGUUAAUGAAGCUCGGAUGAAGAGCUACAGCAUCAUGGCGAAUCAUAUCCUUGACAGCAGAAGCACCUCAAACUGGACCUUUGUCCCUGAAAAAAGCAGUAGCGCUGUCCUUUUGGAGUCAAUGAUUUCAUUUGUGGGGAACCUCUUAUUGAAGAAGAGUUCCCUUGAUAUCUCAGAAGAAUUCAUUCACAUCCUGGGCAUGAGUAUAUCAAAAGACAACCCCCAAGAAGAGAGCUUGAGUUUUUCCAUGAAGGUGAAUGACACUGAGGAUAAAAUCAGUGGGAUAGUGCUUCUCCCAUUGGAAGAGAUUGGGAAGCUGUCCCUACCUUCUCAAGCCAUCAGCAUUGCCUUCCCCACUCUAGGGGCCAUCUUGGAAGCCAGCUUCUCUGAGAAUGUCACUACGAAUGGCCUCAUUCUUUCUGUCAUCUUGCCCCAGGAGUUUGAAAGAAUCUCAUUGGCUUUUGAGAAGAUUUCCAAAUCUGAAGGUAGUAGAACACAUUGUGUUGGCUGGCAUCCAACAAAGAACAAGUGGGACAGAGGGGUCUGUGAAAUGGCCCUGGACAGCCCAGAUCAAGCUCUCUGUAGUUGUAAAUUGCACAACAGGUUUACUUCUUUCUCAAUUCUUAUGUCGCCCUAUACCCCUGUGAGCCCAGUUCUCAUUUACAUCAUGUAUAUUGGCCUGGGCAUCUCAAUUGGUAGUUUAGUUAUUUGCCUGAUCAUUGAAGCCAUCGUCUGGCAUGAGGUAACAAAGACAGAGAUCUCGUAUUUUCGCCAUGUUUGCAUCGUGAAUAUCGCCAUCACGCUUCUGUUGGCAGAUGUGGGCUUCGUUAUAGCUUCCUUCUUUAGUGAUCUAGAGUUACACCAUGAUGGUUGUGUGGCUGUUACAUUUUUUAUUCACUUCUUUUACCUCUCUGUUUUCUUCUGGAUGUUGAUGAUGGCACUCCUCAUCCUUUAUGGAAUCAUGAUUGUUUUUCAUACUAUCCCAAAGUCUGUUAUAAUGACGACUGCCUUCUCAGUAGGAUAUGGGGGCCCUUUGAUUAUUGCUGUUAUUACAGUUGUUGUUACUGAACCUGUCGGAGGUUAUGUGCGGCCCACGACCUGCUGGCUCAACUGGGAUAAUACCAAAGCCCUUCUUGCCUUUGUCGUCCCAGCCCUUGCCAUUGUGGUGGUGAACUUGAUCACAGUAGGAAUGGUCAUAAUAAAGACUCAAUGGCCUUCCAUUGGCAGCCCCAUAGCUCAAGAUCUAGAAACCAUAGUGAGGAUAAGUAAGAACGUUGCCAUCCUCACACCCCUGCUGGGCCUGACCUGGGGCUUUGGAAUAGCCAUUGUCAUGGAACAGAAUUCACUGGUACUCCACAUCAUCUUCUCAUUACUUAAUGCUUUCCAGGGCUUAUUUAUCUUGGUGUUUGGAACAUUCCUGGAUCAGAAGAUAAGGGAUGCCAUAAAGGCCAGAAUAGCCUCUGCAAAAGCGCUAUCCAGACUAUCAGAGCACAUCCUUAGUUCUGGAGGACCAGAUUCCAACAGGAAACAGGCUUCAUCUUGCCUUCUUUGCAUUCAGGAAUAUGAAGGAUAUUUCUAA